AUGCCCUCCAUCCUCGAAGACCCCACCACCACCCUCCCCGCCCCUCAACCCGCCCAACAAGCCUCCCAAACCCUAACCCCCCGACCAGCCCACUUGAAAGAUGGCUCCCCCGUAACGCUGUACCCGGUGGCCAACGGCCCACAAAGCGUCCCCGCGGACCUGGUUGCGCUGCUGCAGCGCGAGUUCAGCGCCGAGAUCCAGGCCGGGUGCACGUAUCCGAUGGAGGAGCCGAUGACGCUGGAGCGCUUCGCGGAGUACUGGUUCGGGACGUUUGCCGUGGUGGCUGUCCUUGGAGAGGAGGAGGGGCUUCGCGAGGGCCGCGAUUGGGAGAGGGAGUGUUUGGGAACGUUUUAUAUUAAGCCUAAUUAUCCU